AUGGUAUUGGAAGUCAAGCCCAAGACCGAAAUGUUCAAGGUCCAGAACAUCCCUGGGUUCCCGGAGCACGUAUACUUCACCGACUUUCUGGGAAGCCGUGACGACAAGGUGCCCAACCCGAUCACCAGCUCGUGGUUUCGCAUCGAGCAGGGACCGCCAGCAACGCCCCCCACGUACGAAUACGACGAGGUCGGCGUUGUCGUUGAAGGUAUUGUGAACCAAGCUGAUCUGAAGUCCCCCCCGUGGGACGACACGUUGACAGAUGGGAUGCUGCAGGGACCAUUACUUUGGAGGAUGAGCACGGAACCAAAGAGACAGCCAAAGCUGGGGACAUCUUUGUGA